AUGGAUGGUCUUGGGCGGUUCCAGACGGUCCUGGGCGGUCAUGGGAGGUUCUGGGCGUUCCUGGGCGGUUCUGGAGGGCUAAAAGCAGCCGAAGAUGACGGACUGCAAGGCGUACAGGGAGGGGAGGCGACGGGGCUGGUGGACAGGGCUGGCGGACGGGGGUGGCGGACGGGGCUGGCGACGAGGCUGGCUGACGGGGCUGGCGACGGGGCUGGCGACGGGCUGGCGGACGGGGACGAGACGGGGUUGGCGAAUGUGGGCGCGAUGGGGCUGGCGUACGGAGCUGGCAGAUUGCAGGGCGGUGGGGAGGGGACGCGACAGGUGGAGAGGUGA